UUCACCACGCAUGCGCGUUAAUCACUCCGCUCACGAAGAGGGAAGACAUGGCGACGUCCCUGAUCUGUAGCCGUUUGACAGCUAGCCUGAGGAAUUCAGGGGCUAGAAACACUAUCGGCUCCGCUUCCAAGGUACGAAGGACCUGGUGGUGAAAGCUCAGGUGCUGGCUGGGGGCCGAGGAAAGGGGACCUUCGAGGGCGGACUGAAGGGAGGAGUGAGGAUCGUCUACUCGCCAGAGGAGGCCCGGGACAUUUCCUCGCAGAUGAUUGGUCGAAAGCUGUACACCAAGCAGACCGGGGAGGCAGGUCGCAUCUGCAACCAGGUGUUCAUCUGCGAGCGCAGGUACCCUCGCAGAGAAUACUACUUCGCCAUCACCAUGGAGAGGUCCUACCAGGGCCCAGUGUUGAUCGGCAGCUCUCAGGGAGGGGUGAACAUCGAAGACGUGGCAGCCGAGAGCCCAGAGGCCAUCGUGAAGGAGCCCAUCGACAUCGUGGAGGGCAUCAAGAUGGAGCAGGCUGUCAAGGUUGCUCAGAAGAUGGGCUUCCCGGCAGCGCUGGUGGACGAGGCGGCCGAGAACAUGGUCAAACUGUACAACCUGUUCAUCAAGUACGACGCCUCCAUGGUGGAGAUCAACCCCAUGGUGGAGGACGCUUCUGGCAUUGUGAUGUGCAUGGAUGCCAAGAUCAACUUUGACUCCAACUCGGAGUACCGUCAGAAGAUGGUGUUCAACAUGAGGGACUGGACCCAGGAGGACCCUCGGGACCAGCAGGCGGCCAAGGCCGACCUCAACUACAUUGGGCUGGACGGGACCAUCGGCUGUCUGGUUAAUGGCGCCGGUCUGGCCAUGGCCACCAUGGACAUCAUCAAGCUGCACGGCGGCACGCCGGCCAACUUCCUGGACGUUGGGGGCGGAGCCACGGCACAUCAGGUCACCGAGGCGUUCAAACUCAUCACCUCUGAUAGGAAGGUUCAGGCCAUCCUGGUCAACAUCUUCGGAGGCAUCAUGAGGUGCGACGUCAUCGCGCAGGGCAUCAUCAUGGCGGUGAGAGACCUGGACCUCAAGAUCCCCAUCGUGGUGCGGUUACAAGGAACGAGAGUGGACGAUGCCAAAGCUCUGAUCGCUGCCAGUCCGCUGAAAAUCCUGGCCUGUGACGACCUGGACGAGGCCGCCAAAAUGGUUGUAAAGCUGUCUGAAAUCGUAUCGCUGGCUAAGGAAGCUCAAGUGGACAUCACCUUCCAGCUGCCCAUCUAAGGAGCAAAGGAAAGAAAGCUUGACCUUUGACCUCCUCAGCCCCCCCAAACUCUUCCACUGUCCCACCCACAGCCGCCCAUCACUCCGCCGCAAACCCAAGCCGACAGCCAGACGAGCCGAUCGUUUAGUUUCCUCUUUCUCCCUCUGUGGCAUGACUCGGCACGUCUGUCCACCGCGUAGACGGCGACUGACCUCGCUUAGAGAACAGGGAUGCACCUAAUCCAGAUUUUUGGGGUUCGGCCGAAUACCGAAUCCCCUGGUUGAGAUUGUGCUGACUCCUCCUCCCAUCCUCAG